AUGGUAUCAAUAGGGCCAACACUUCCGCCACACCUGCAAAAGCGCAAGCGUACUCCUGACGAAGAUUCAGAGCUGCCAUCCCCUCCACCCAAGGCCUCGCGCCGCGACCAUGACGAUGAAAUCCCCCUAUAUGACGACUCCGAUGAUGAUUAUGGACCAUGCGCUCCAGGUUCUUCAGCGAGAAAUGGCAGCGACACCAAUCAGUCAAGGCCGGGCCCAACCGUCGGCCCGUCCCUCCCGCCAGCCGUCACGGUAGGCCCGUCCAGCGUGCCAGCGGCAGAGAAGCAGCCAAUUGGUCCUACACCACCGCAACCCAUAGCAUCUAUCAAUGAAGAUGAAAUUCCUCUAAACGACGGCUCUGAUUCCGACUCCAACGAGCCUAGCCCAGCUCCUCCCCCUCUCAAACCAACCGUUGGCCCAGCUGCUCCUCCUCCCAAGCGCGUCUUUGGACCCGCGCCACCCCCGGCUGAUCUGAACUCCCUCCCAACUACCGACCCUAACUACGACAACAAUGCCUCUUCCGAUUCAGACGACGAUGAUGAAUGGGGCCCUAAGCUCCCAACCGGCUCUCCCGAUUCAAGACCCAUUACCGUUGGACCAGCCUUCCCCUCAACCAACACCCAAUCCUCACAAUCCUCAGCGCCGAAGCGCGAUGACUGGAUGCUCGCGCCUCCAACAAGCAGCGAUCAUCGCGCACCAGAUCCAACGAAGCUGCGUGGUCGGCGGUUCCUGAGUGGCCCACGUGCGACUGCCGCCGCGGCAAGUCGAGCGUCCGGCGGUGUCAGCUCCGUCUGGACCGAGACGCCCGAGGAGAAGGCGCGGCGUCUGGCAAAUGCAGUGCUUGGUCGUGAAGACCCCACUGCUGUCACGGCAGCAUCUCAGUCCCGGCCUGAUAGGAAGGAGUCGAAACCGGUGGAUGAGUCCCGCAUUCGAGAAUACGUGGAACAGACGCGCGGCCGCAGCCUCGUGGAGGAGUACCAGGCUCGCCGGGCCGCGUCUGCGGGUAAAAGCGGUAGUGACAAGGAGAGCAGUAGUAAUGGGAGGAAGGAAAAAUGGGGUGGUGGUCCGGAGGUGGAGGAAGAGGAUGAUCCCAGCAAGCGGGCAUUUGACUGGGAAAAGGAUAUGAAGAUUGGCGGGCGUUUGAGCGGAGCUCAACGAAGGGAUAUCAUGAAAAAGGCAGCAAAUUUGGGCGGGAGGUUUCAAAGGGGAAAUUAUCUCUGA